CUCAAGUUUAUCUUCGUAAGGACAUGAAGCCACACAACUCUUUAAGGCUCUGAUGAGGAGCCCGUAUGUUGCUACGUGCCUGAACCUGCAGUGACAAGCAGCCUACCCUGAACCUCAAACUGCUGUUGCGGCGCGGUCUGUCCUCGAACGCAUGGCACGAGAAUGACUUGGAGGCCCCUCCACGGCUAGAAAGUACUCAAUGUAUGCCGAUAGCUUUCGUUUAUCCCUCUUCUUUAUGGUGACGAACUCUCGCGCAUCAGCUGGUCGACGGCAAGUCGUCCGCGAAUCAAGGGAUGACUAAUACUCAGCGGAUGCCUCUUUACGCGAAAUCUUCGCGCCAGACGCGCCUCUGGACCCGCCUUUCCCACACCCUUGUCACGGACCACCACGCCAGCGCUGACCACCCAACCUCCUGCCAACAUCCCUCAUCCCUUCGCUAGCCAGCCUUUCAUUGCUCCCUUCCUGCCUCUUCUCCCCCGGUCCUUUCAACUUAUUGAACAGAAACUCUCCACUCUACCACUUCUGACUCACCUGUACCUUGCAUCAAUCGACUUUUUGUUGUUUCUUUCAGACGGGAUCAAUUCCUCCCGCGCGGCACAGACAAGGGGAGAUACGUAGCCUGUUCCGAGACCCAGGGUCCAACGACCCAGCUACGUCAGUCCGAGACAGGCCGCAUCCGUCGACGCACCGCCACGCACGCAAGGCCGCCGCUCAAAGGCUUGAUUGCAUCGCCCGCGAUAUAUAGACUGGUUCACGGCUUGCGCGCCACAGUUACCGUCGUUCCGGCAUACAGCCCAGCAUGUCUGCGCCUCGAAUCAAGAGGCCCUUUGCGGGCGCCUCGGCGGACCCGUCCCAGCGUCAGAUCACCUCCUUCUUCUCACCCGGCGCCCUUCCCGCCCACGUCGAUGACGCCGAUGUGCGGCCUUUGCGGCAGCCGCUUAUCCCGUCCAGCGUGCAGGCGGACCUCCUCAAUGUGGGCAUGCGCGUCCGCAAGUCCGUCCCGGAGGGGUAUAAGACCGUCGGGCCCAGUGGCUUCAAGCUGUGGACGGAUAACACCCGCGCGGGCGCCGUCAGAAACCCAAACUCGGCAACGCGAGGCGCCCGCUCCAUGUCUAGGGAACUGCUGCCCUUUUGCGGCAUCAACAAGAUUGGCGGGCUAGAUGCGCAGCCCUCUUUCCGCGAAGACGACACCGAGGAGGACGGCGACAAGGAAGUGCCGGACCUGGACGCCGUCCCCGAACUCACCAUGUCUCAGGAGAGCGUCGAAAGCAAUGCUUCGGAGCCGUCUCGAAAGCGCUUCUUCCACGAAGACGAGGAGGACUCGUCCGCCAGCGUGCCCAGCACGUGGGCAGCCCGCGAAGCUGCCAAGGCUUGGGACUGCGAGGUCAGCCCGCGCACACUCUACGCGCCAAUGGGCUGGGGUAAUGCACGCCCAUUGGCAACCCCGCGGACUCGCGUGCGCAAGAGCAUACCCGCAGCGGCCGCGGCAGACGUUUCGCUCAAGGAUGUGGAUCAGGAGAACAUGGCCUUAGAUGGAGGAGACUUUCAGGAGGCUGAGUUCCUCGUCUUCGGACAAGGCCGAGAGAUGGACAUGUCUUGAGGGGAUUCUUCAAACCAACAAAAACUGUAGGCUAUGUGCGAGUACGACUGGAUGAGGGUGAUGGGUCGACAAGAUCGACAUUGAUUCGGGCAUUGGCGUAACGGGCGUUUGGGGCACAUGAAGCGCUCACGGCAUAAGAGCACAAAAUGAUCAAGAGGGACGGGAAUACCACGGAUUAAUUUGUCCGCGUUGUGGGCUAUUGUUAUUACUUUGUUGUUUAGAAUGUGCAGAUCGCCUCGACACUGAGGAGUAGCUGCGGCGGGCGGGUAUCAAGAAGAAACGGGAGCCGUUAGGCCCUAUGUAAUAGCCAGCGAUUCAUCAACACCCCUCGUUUCCCG